AUGGCUCUUUCCUCCUCCAGCUGCUCCAGGUUCCGGACCGACUCGCUGCUCCCCCUCAGGCCGCCCUGCGCGCCUCUCUUCCGGCCGGACCCUCCGGAGCUCAGCCCGUGCAGCGGCUGCUCGGCGCCUCCUUCCCCGCGCAGAGAGCGUGUUCCCCGGUUCGAGUCUCCUCUGCUGGCCGGUCAGAUCCAGCCCCGCUCCGCCGGCUCCUCCUUCCUGAUCCGGGACAUCUUGUCGGACCGUCGGCCUCUUUCUGACCCGGGACAUCCGGGACUGGAGGCCGAGCCGUGCCGGUCCGGACCGGAUGAAGAUAAAAGUUUGAGCGGUUCUUCAGACACUGAGUCCAGAGUGCAGGGCGGGAGCCCGGACCCGGCAGCGGCUCGUCAGAAGAAGCCUCGUAAAGCUCGAACAGCUUUCAGCGACCAACAGCUGUCAAGGCUGGAGAGAAGCUUCCAGAAGCAGAAGUACCUGAGCGUCCAGGAGAGGAUGGAGCUCGCUGCGUCUCUGCAGCUCAGCGACACGCAGGUGAAGACCUGGUACCAGAACAGAAGGACCAAGUGGAAGCGUCAGUCGGCUGCUGGUCUGGAGCUGCUGGCUGAAGCCGGCAGGAUGUUCCUGCCCACACACUUCCUGUACCCUCCGGCCCCGCCCACACUGGACCUUUACCUGUACCGGGGCCACACAGCCGCCGCCCUGCUGGUCAACAACAAAUCACACCCACACUGACGGCAUCGCACUGCGACGCCUGGGAGGACUGAGAGGAAUGGAGAGACUGGGAAAUCUGGAAGGACUGGUCCUACUGGUAGGACUUGGAGGGCUGAGAAACUGAUAGGGCUGGGAAGACUUGGAGGACUAGAAGAGGUGGAAG